AUGGUUGUGCGUUCGUUGUGCCGCGCAAGGCAGGCGCUUGUGGUUGCCAUCGUCUGUGUUCUAAGUGAUAUCACGUGUGCCGCAGGUGUAAACAUGCCGAACGACUUGCGCGAGCUCUCGUCUUGUGACAGUGCCACUGUUCUAGAUGCGGUCAUGAUUCAAACAUUUGUUGUGCCUUUUGAAGUGGAAAACGAUACCUAUGGUAUGCAAGUCACAGGCAGUUCGCACCAUCACCAUACAAUGACGCGAGUGUUCAGGUCAUCACGGGCACAUGCGAUGCAGCAGCCAGUACCAACACCAGCACCGACAUGCGUAGAUACUAACAAUGGGGCAACGAACAGGUUUGGCAACGGGUGCGAACUCUAUAUGAUAUAUGACUAUCUUUGCUUGGAUCCUUAUUAUGACGAUGAAGAUUUCUCCUCUGGGGUGAUGUGUUGCGUGUGUCCAGAGGAGUGCGCACCGACAGAAGCAUCUGUGGGCUCCGACGGCUGCGAGGAUUGGAUCGAAUUUCGCACGCUAGGUAGUGGAAUGAGGAACUCUCAUUCAAAUCUUGGUGGUCUUGGUCCGGACGCGGCCACGCCCAAAGAAAUUAGGUAUUACCAUGUUGGGCGCCUUUCACAUGAGUCGGACAAUGAGGUCGUCUACGAUUUAGUCUUGGUCAAUACAAGCGCUUAUGUUCCAAGAAACACUGACUGGAACACGGUUCGUGGAUCUCAGGCGACCGUGAAUGUCCUGGUCGGAGAGACUGUCACUCUUAAAGCAGAGUUUGUAAGGAAUCACACCUUCUGUCCAGUGAUUCCAGAUUCGCCAAAGAUCACGUUCUGCGAUAUCGACCAUUUCGCAGACGGGGAGAAUGAAAUCAUUAUGCUCGAUGGCAUCAGCGCUCUCUAUACAGUCGACGGCGACACAGACUACACGUUGGAGCUGUAUGAGCAUGGCAUUUUUUCCAGCGAAGACCUGGUUCCACUGACGUACACCGCAGAAUCGAUCCCCACGUUGGUUCCGGGCAGGACUUCCCGGAGGUUCGUGUCCAGCUCGGGCAGCAAGUUUGCGAUCAAGGCAAUUUCGCGGAUGUUCGGCAGUGACUGCGACAACCCGACGGACCCAAACGAGUUGACCAACGUUUCGUGCCCAGGUACUGCAUUUCCCGUGGACCAGGCGAAGCGGUGUUUCAUGGCCGAGUUCACCAACACGAGCGAGUUCGACGUCGGGUUCCAGAUCCUGACCUACCAUCCUGCAGGUCACGUGCAGGAGUGGGGACGAAACUUCAUAAUGUCUGGAACAUCCAGGCUAUUCGCUCACGAGGGGAGCCAGACUUGCGCGCCCACGGCCACUGUUACCACCAGUGUCACCACUGCCACUACCACAACUCAGGUGUUUUCCGCACCAGCACCUGCGCCGUGCGUAGACACUGACAACGGGGCUACGAACAGGCUUGGGAAUGGGUGCGAAGUCUACACGCACGAUGCUGGCAAUCCGUAUGCAGGUAUUUGCUUGGACCCGUAUUACGACGAUGAAGAUUUUUCAUCUGGGGUAAUGUGUUGCGUCUGCCCAGAGGAGUGCCCCCCGACUGAAGCAUUUGCGGGCUCCGACGGCUGUGAGGAUUGGAUCGAAUUUAACACAUGGGGUAGUGGAGUGAGGAACCCUCAUUCGAACCUUGGUGGAAUGGGUCCGGACGUGGCGACGCCCAAGGAGAUUCGAUAUUAUCAUGUCGGGCGCCUCUCAAAUGAGUCGGAUACCGCGGUCCUCUACGAUUUAGUUCUAGUCAAUACAAGCGCUUAUGUACCGAGGAACACGGGCUGGAACACGGUUCGAGGGUCUCAGGCGACGGUGAAUGUUUUGGUCGGUGAGACUAUCACCCUUAAGGCAGAGUUUGUGGUUACCCACACCUUCUGCCCUGUGGUUCCAGAUUCGCCAAAGAUCACGUUCUGCGACAUCGACCACUUUGCAGACGGGGAGAACGAAGUUAUAAUGCUCGACGGCAUCAGCGCUCUCUACACGGUCGACGGCGACACCGACUACACGUUGGAGUUGUAUGAGCAUGGGACUCCGUUUAGCGAAGACCCUGCUCCGCUGUCGUACGUCGUAGAAUCGAUCCCCACGCUGGUUCCGGGCAGGACUUCUCGGAGGUUCGUGUCCAGCUCCGGUGGCAAUUUCGCGAUCAAGGCAAUUUCGCGGAUGUUCGGCAGCGAGUGCGACAACCCGACGGACCCAAACGAGUUGACCAACGUUACGUGCCCAGAUCAUGCCUUUCCCGUGGACCAGGCGAAGCGGUGUUUCAUGGCCGAGUUCACCAACACGAGCGAGUUCGACGUCGGGUUCCAGAUCCUGACCUACCAUCCCGCAGGUCACGUGCAGGAGUGGGGACGAAACUUCAUCAUGUCUGGAACGUCCAGGCUAUUCGCUCACGAGGGGAGCCAGACUUGCACGCCCACGACCACUGUCACCACUACUACCACCGCUGCCACCACUUUUAGCACUACCACAACUCAGGUGUUUUCCGCACCAGCAACAGCGCCGUGUGUAGACACUGACAAUGGGGCUACGAACAGGCGUGGGAAUGGGUGCGAAGUCUAUACGCACGAUGCUGACAAUCCAUAUGCAGGUAUUUGCUUGGACCCGUAUUACGACGAUGAAGAUUUUUCAUCUGGGGUAAUGUGUUGCGUCUGUCCCGAGGAGUGCCCCCCGACAGAUGCAUUUGCCAGAUCCGAUGGCUGUGAGGAUUGGAUCGAAUUUAGCACAUUAGGUAGUGGAGUGAGGAACCCUCAUUCAAACCUUGGUGGAAUGGGUCCAGACGUGGCCACGCCCAAGGAGAUUCGAUAUUAUCAUGUCGGGCGCCUCUCAAAUGAGUCAGAUACCGAGGUCCUCUACGAUUUAGUUCUUGUCAAUACAAGCACUUAUGUACCGAGGAACACGGGCUGGAACACGGUUCGUGGGUCUCAGGCGACGGUGAAUGUUUUGGUCGGUGAGACUAUCACCCUUAAGGCAGAGUUUGUGGUUACCCACACCUUCUGCCCUGUGGUUCCAGAUUCGCCAAAGAUCACGUUCUGCGACAUCGACCAUUUUGCAGACGGGGAGAACGAAAUUAUAAUGCUCGAUGGCAUCAGCGCUCUCUACACGGUCGACGGCGACACCGACUACUUUCUGGAGUUGUAUGAGCAUGGGACUCCGUUCAGCGAAGAUCAGGUUCCAUUGUCGUACGUCGUAGAAACGAUCCCCACGCUGGUUCCGGGCAGGACUUCUCGGAGGUUCGUGUCCAGCUCCGGCAGCAAGUUUGCGAUCAAGGCAACUUCGCGGAUGUUUGGCAGCGAGUGCGACAACCCGACGGACCCAAACGAAUUGACCAACGUUACGUGCCCAGAUCAUGUUUUUCCCGUGGACCAGGCGAAGCGGUGUUUCAUGGCCGAGUUCACCAACACGAGCGAUUUCGACGUUGGGUUCCAGAUCCUGACCUACCAUCCCGCAGGUCACGUUCAAGAGUGGGGACGAAACUUCAUAAUGUCUGGGACCUCAAAGCUAUUUGCUCACGAGGGAAGCCAGACUUGCACGCCCACCACCGCUGUCACCACCACAGCCACCACGGUCACAACUUCUACCACUACCACAACUCAGUGUGUAGACACUGACAACGGGGCUACGAACAGGUUCGGCAAUGGAUGCGAAGUCUAUACUCACGAUGCUGAAAGUCCAUAUGCUGGUAUUUGCUUGGACCCUUACUACGACGAUGAAGAUUUCACUUCUGGGCUGAUGUGUUGCGUGUGUCCCGAAGAGUGCCCUCCUCCAGAACAAUUUGAACGCCCUGGCCAUUGUGAAGAUUGGAUCGAGUUUCACACAUUAGGUAGUGGAGUCAGGAACCCCCAUUCAAAUCUUGGUGGACUGGGUCCAGACGUGGACACGCCCAAGGAGAUAAGGUAUUAUGGAGUCGGGCGUUUUUCAAAUGGGGUAGUCUACGAUCUAGUUUUGGUCAACACAAGCGCAUAUAUUCCGAGGAACACAGCCUGGAACACGAUUAUUGGGCCUCAGGCGAUUGUGAAUACCCUAGUUGGUCAGACCAUCACCCUGAAAGGGGAAUUUGUAAGGAACCAUACCUUCUGCCCUGUGAUUCCGGAGUCGCCGAAGAUCACGUUCUGCGACAUUGACCAUUUCGUUGAUGGGGAGAAUGAAAUUAUAAUGCUCGAUGGCAUCAGCGCUCUCUACACGGUCGAUGGAGACAUCGAUUAUGUUUUGCAGUUAGUUGAGCACGGAACUUCUUUCACCGAAAACCCUGUUCCAGUAGAGUACACUACGGAAGCGAUUCCAACGAUGGUUCCGGGCAGAACUUCCCGCAGGUACGUCUCAAGUUCUGGAGGUAAGUUCGGCGUCAAGGCAAUUUCGCGGAUGUUUGGCCACAGUUGUGACAAUCCGACAGACUCGAAUGAGUUGAGUAACGUCACUUGUCCAGACCAGACUGCUGUUCCUGUGGACCAGGCGAAGAGAUGUUUCAUGGUCGAGUUCUCAAACACGAGCGAGUUCGACGUCGGGUUCCAGAUACUGACCCGCAGUCCUGCAGGUCACGUUCAGCAGUGGGGUCGAAACUUCAUCAUGUCUGGUACGUCCAAGUUCUUCGCUCGCGACGGGAGUUCCACUUGCGCGCCCAUUACCACCACCACAACCACUACCACCGUUGACUCUUCGGGUGUGAUCAUGGAGAAGAGCCAUGGUGCAAAUGCUGGCCCCGUAUCGGGCACUGGCGACCCGCACCUGCAGAACAUCAACGGCGAGCGCUUUGACCUGAUGCAGGCCGGCAGGCACGUCCUGCUCCACAUCCCGAGGGGCGUGGGCACCGCGGGCACCCUGCUCCGCGCCGAGGCGAGGGCGCAGAGGUUCGGCGGCUGCUCGGACCUGUACUUCCAGGAGAGGUGAACGUCACGGGGAAGUGGGCGGAGGCGAGGCGUGCUGGCGGGCUCAGGCUCUCGCGGGACGAACGAUCGGAGAGGGAAGAGUUCCCGAUGCCGCGGCCCCUGCCUCGUCGCCACCUCUGGACUCGCCUCGGAGUCCUGGCCCGAGCGCAACCCUGGAGAAGUCUGGGGAGUAGCGGCAUCGAUACCGCUUUGUUCACCCAAAAGAACGGAGAGAUGCCGGGCGCGAGGGCUCCCGAGAAGUCCCGCGCCGCCUUCUGAGAAGGCCUUCCC